UCUAAUGGCAAGCUCACACAAUAGGAUUGCAAAAACUACCAACUACGCGAGGUUUCUUCUCAUCUGUCGUUGUCUUGUCCUCCUUGUCAUAGCUGCGUGCAUACACAAUGCAAACGAGACUCUUGAUGGUGGAGGAUACUACACACACCAGAAGAUGAAGUUUAAUGCUUUAUGUGUGUGUAUUGCUGGAGUCAUACUUCUCAAUAUAUCAGGUUCAUUUUGCCAGGCAUUUGAGUGUGGCCAAGCCCCGCUUAACACCAAAAUUGUUGGAGGGGAGGAUGCAUCGGCAGGGUCUUGGCCCUGGCAAGUAAGCUUGCAAAGUAGCACCUAUGGAGGCCAUUUCUGUGGUGGGAGUCUAAUCAGUCAUUCUUGGAUUUUGUCUGCAGCUCACUGCUUUACGAGUGUUUCUACAAACACCAUCGUGGUGUACAUAGGACGUCAAAGCCAAACAGAUUCAAACCCAAAUGAAAUGUCCAGUACAGUGUCUCAGGUUUUCACACAUCCUUCCUAUAGCAAUUUGACAGAAAACAAUGAUUUGGCUCUCCUUCGGCUCUCAUCUCCUGUGGUGUACAGUAAUUAUAUUCAGCCUGUCUGUCUGGCUGGAACGGGUAGCACGGUUGGUGCAGGUACUUUGAGCUGGAUCACAGGAUGGGGAAAAGUCGACCCUAAUUCCAACCAACUCCCCACCAUCCUACAGGAAGUGGACAUACCAAUUGUGAGUGAAAGUUCUUGCCAAAAUGCCUACGGACCAGAUAUUACAGACAACAUGAUAUGUGCUGGAUUAAGUCAGGGAGGAAAAGACUCAUGUCAGGGUGAUUCUGGAGGACCACUGGUGGUUAGGAAAGGCACUCAGUGGAUUCAAUGUGGAAUUGUGAGUUUUGGUCAAGGCUGUGCUGAACCUGGAUUUCCCGGUGUGUACACAAAAGUCUCUAGUUACGAGAACUGGAUUGUUUCUCAUAUAUCCAGCGACCAGCCUGGUUUUGUUAGGUUCUCCUCCGUUGAUACCACUGACACCAGCUUUAGUAAUGACUCAUCCAACUAUUUUGUAGUUAGUCUGUUUCAUAUAUUUACUAUUAUUACUCUAUUGUUCCUAUACUAAAAUUAUGGAGGUUACUUUUGUUGUUUAACAGGCUAUUACACUAUUUCAUUUAAACCUGACUGUUUUAAAAAACUUUCAAAAGCUUUUCUCUCUUUAAAGCAUGGGAAUGUUUGCUAAUAUGUAUUGAAGCCAAAUCUUGACUUGAAAUCAGAACUGAUAUUUUAACAGAUUUUCAUUUACAAAUAAUGCACUGCAGCCACUUUUGUUAUACUUCAUCUCGAAGUCUGACUAACGGUUGAAAAGCUGAAAUGAUCAAAUUUUUGAAAAUGUAUUUAAUUUUAAUGAGUUAACACAGUCUAAACAGAA